UCUUCCUCAAGAAAACAGUACACAACGCUUAAAAUUUUUUUUUUAUUUUUCUUCAGUUAAUUCAUAAUUAAAAAAAAAAAAAAAAAAAACAAUCCAAGAUUUUAAUCAAUAUCUGAUCCCAUGGACUCUCAAUCUGCUAAGGAAAAACUGGAAGCUGCAAAGGAACAUUAUGGACGAGAAAUCCGUGUGUUUGAGACGACAUCUUCUUCUUCUUCUUCUUCUACUGAGACAACAACAAAACAAGACCCAACAAACACAGAUGAGUUGCCUGAUGAGUUUUACGAAUUCACCGCGGAAGAUUAUUAUCGUAUGUUGAGUACUAAAAAGGAAGAUAAUGUUAUGAAGACAAGAAAAAUUCGAGAAGCAGAACAAGCGGCUCGUAGGUCAAGGAUUACCAAGGCGGUGAUACGUGUUCGUUUUCCAGAUAACCACACAUUAGAAGCGACGUUCCAUCCAUCAGAAACAAUGCAAAGCUUGGCGGACCUUCUCAAGAAAGUAGUGGCUCAACCAGACAUCCCUUUUUAUAUAUAUACUACUCCUCCUAAGAAGCAAAUAAAGGACAUGUCUCAGGACCUCUAUUCUGCUGGCUUUGCUCCUGGAGCAAUUGUCUACUUUUCAUACAAUGAAUCAAAAGGUGAUGUUGAAAUUGCUGCAUCAGGUUCAUUCCUUAAAGAGGAUGUCAUGUCGUUAAAAGGUCUGGAACUCGUUGCUGAACAGGAGAAAGCCGAGGUCAGCCAAGCUACCACCACCGAACCCGUAGCGGCUGCUGCCCAACAACCAGUUCAACCGCGGAAAGCCACUACUGAUAAAAAGAUGGUGAAGCCAAAGUGGUUGAAAAUGUGAACUAGAUAACUGAUAUUUGCUUGAAACAUAUCUUAGCGUUAUGACCAUGUAAAUCCUGUUUCUGGUAAUGUCUUUUCCACAAGUUUAAAGACACUAAAAAUAUGUCUGUGUCAUGGCAAGAUUCAGCAGAUUAGGCAAAAGUGUUUUUAAAGGGUUAUAUGAUACGCCCUUCAGUUUCACCUUUCUAUGCAAGAAAACAACUUGACAUUAUUCGAAA